GGAAGUCGUCCUGCCCCUAGUCCGCCGGGCGCCGGGGCCGAGUCGCUGUGGCUGCUGUGUGGCGGGAGAUGCGGAUGGCGAGGCGGCUCGCGUGCGCCGCGGCGUUGCCGCUCCUGCUGGCAGCCCGGAUAGUGGCGGCGUUGGAGCCCAUCACCGUGGGCAUCGCCAUCGGGGCCGCGUCGGCCAUCACCGGCUACCCGUCCUACAAGGACAUCUACUGCCGCUUCGCCGAGUGCUGCCCCGAGGAGCGGCCGCUCAACGCCUCGGCCCUGAAGCUGGAUUUGGAGGAGAAGCUUUUUGGACAGCACCUGGCCACAGAAGUGAUUCUCAAGGCGCUGACUGGUUUCAGGAACAACAAAAGUCCCAAGAAACCGCUGACCCUCUCCUUACAUGGCUGGGCUGGCACAGGCAAGAAUUUUGUCAGCCAGAUGGUGGCUGAAAAUCUUCACCCCAAGGGCCUGAAGAGUAACUUUGUCCACCUGUUUGUGUCGACUCUGCACUUCCCUCAUGAACAGAAGAUAAAACUGUACCAGGACCAGCUGCAGAAGUGGAUUCGCGGCAACGUGAGUGCCUGUGCAAGCUCGGUCUUCAUAUUUGACGAGAUGGAUAAGCUGCACCCUGGGAUCAUCGAUGCCAUCAAGCCGUUUCUAGACUACUACGAGCAGGUCGACAGAGUGUCUUACCGCAAAGCCAUCUUCAUCUUCCUCAGCAACGCAGGUGGCGACCUCAUAACUAAGACGGCGCUUGAGUUCUGGCGGGCAGGGAAGACGAGGGAAGACAUCCAGCUGAAGGACCUGGAACCGGUGCUGUCUGUCGGGGUCUUCAAUAAUAAACACAGUGGCCUGUGGCGCAGUGGACUCAUUGACCGGAACCUCAUCGAUUACUUCAUCCCCUUCUUGCCCCUGGAGUACAGACACGUGAAGAUGUGUGUGCGGGCCGAGAUGAGGGCCCGCGGUUUGGCCAUUGAUGAGGACAUUGUCACACGCGUGGCAGACGAAAUGACGUUUUUCCCCAAAGAUGAGAAAAUCUACUCAGACAAGGGCUGCAAGACCGUGCAGUCGCGGCUGGACUUCCACUGAGCCUUCCUCCAGAUCAGGGGCCCUGCCUUCAGAAGCACUUUGAAGACCUGUUCAAGGUUUUGCAUAUUU